GCAUGGAGUCUAGCUUCAAAGAGCGUUCAUUGAGGGAGCACUUUCGCGCCAAGCGCCGUUAGCCAAUCACGUUCGUUCACAAGCGAAAGGGUGGGGGACGCCACACAAGCGGUCGGAAAGGUCGAAUCUCUGGCCGCACAGCAAUAUCUAUGCUGUUGCCAUAUCGAAAAGGCGACUGCUAAGAAGAAGCAAACAAAAUAAACAGGAGUUAUCAAAACAAACACAUCUCAGUGCUCGAUUUUUUCGCUUAUUUGCCUCAAAAUGAUGGAAUUUGAAGAAAUGAUCAUCAGCGGAUGCAAUGACGGGGACGAGGAUGGCUCACGAGAAAGGAAGGAAGGCGGUAAACGAGGCCGCAAACCAGGCAGAAAGUCAGCAGAAAAAUCUGAUGUUAAAGCUAAACUAGAAAGGAGCCGUCAGAGUGCUCGUGAGUGUAGAGCAAGGAAAAAAUUAAGAUACCAGUAUUUAGAAGAACUGGUUGCAGACAGAGAAAAAGCAGUGCUGGCGCUGCGUAUUGAGAUAGAAAAGUAUAAGGUAUGGACAAAGGAACUAGAUGAUGGACGAAUACCGGAAGGCUUCCAAGACAUGCUGGAGGAAAUGGGAGUUUUGAAGCAAGAGAAAUGAAGAUUAUGUAUUUUUGUCCUGUUACUCAUCGUCAAACUCAUGCUGUUACUAUAGUUCUUAAUCUUAUGUCAGCAGUUAAUAUUAUUAUUUGUGUGAAUCAUAUUUUACCAUUUUACGUGUUGUCAUUUGGCCACAGCUAAGAACAGUAGUUCACAAUGGAACUAGAAUUGAAAUAAUGUUACAUUCCAAUUUCACUCAGUUCCAACUGUGGAAACUAUACAAAUUAUUCUGAUUUGUCAGUUUGAAUUUUGUUAUUUCCUACUUUUCUGACCUGUGGCCGUAGAACAUUUGCACACCCUACCUGAUUAAACAAUUUCGGUGGAAAGGGUUUGGUAUCUGUUUCUUUUAAAAAAAAUUAACACACACUGGACUAGUUUUUGAUGUAAUGUUUUAUAUCUAAACUUUGCACAUGCAAAGCUAUACCAAAUAUUUUUAGUCCAAGAUUGUGAUUUUGUUCAUCUUGUCAAGUUGAUUGCUCUUAUUGGUGUUCUUGUACUGAUUAUAGGGUUUGGUUGUUGUAGAAUUACGAGUCUUGAAUGUAAACCACAUUUGUUAAGUUUAUGUUUAUUAAUCUAUCCAUAGAUUACAGCUGGGCAGAGAUACUGCUGCUAAUUGGAUACGGAUACCUCUUGCCUAAUUGCUCUUGGGCUCUAAAGAUGGAUGAAAUGUCCAAUGAGAAAUUAGCAGUUUCGGUAUUCUUUAUGGUUUUAUUUAUAAAAGUACACUUUAGUUUAGCUCUCUAAAUUUUGAUAUGAUCAUAUCAGGCAGAUCUUGCUUUUGUUUGUAUCCUAUAAUUGUUAUGCUUUUUAUUGUCCCUUUGUAUGCUGCUGGUUUGAACUAUUCAUUUGUUUCCUAGCCAAUUUCAGAUCUGGUCAUCUAAAUAUUGUGCUAGUAAAUUAAAGUAGUUAGGCUGUAUUCGGGGCCACCGAGCUACAGGGUUCAAAGUAUAUUCAAAUUAUUCCUUGUGAAAUGAACUACGCGUUAAGCUCUAGAAAAUUACACUUCCAUGAUGUCGUUUACGAAUUAUAAUUAAUCUAAAAUUGGCCGUUUUUACAUGGGCUCUUAUGGGAGAUGCAUGGUUUAUUUGACCGUAAACGCAAAUGCGCCGGUCAAAUAACCGGAGGUGGCAUUCAUUAGACGCAGAAUUUUAUUCUGCGUCGAUCUAUGCAAAGAAAAGUAAAUGUUUAUGAUGUAAUAAGAAAGAUAUUAACGAAAAACAGCCCAAAACUAGCAAGAUGGCCGCCGGUCUGUAGUCGUCUGCUUGGACGGCAGGAAAAGCGGCAAUUCAAAUCACGAUACCCUUUUCUGUAAAUUGCUUAAAUUACUGAUUCUUUUGGGGUUAUUAUACUUAGGAUAUAGUUUUUAGUCCCUUUUACAACUGUGAGAUACUCAAAAUCUGUUUUAACAUUCAUUCUUUGCAUUUUAAUGACAAGUUGGAUCUCGUGUUUGAAUUUUGUCUGCUACCAACCUUCCGGUCCGAAAGUGACGAAUGUCAGUGUAUGCAUGUAGAAUCAAGAUACAGCUCUGAAAAUGAUUUUCAUGGGCUCUGUGUACCUUUAAAUUCCACCUUGUACACAUUCACAAGCCUUUAAACGUCAUCUCAAAUUUUUGACCUCGAUUUACAUACCGGCAAUUUUUACGUAGCUAGGUUGACAGCAGGUCAGAAACUAGUCAAGUCUACAACUAAAUCAGCCUUUUUAAAAUUGGUGUCUGACAUUUAAAUUGUUCUGAGCUAAAAAAUAACACUUAAUAUUGUCUUAUGAGUGCUCCUGUUCACAUUUUAUAUUUUUCCGGUCUUACAAGUAGUACUAUUGCACAUCCUUCAGUACGUCACUUGACCAGCUGGCAAGUCAGCCUAACUACUUUAAAGUUUUGAUUUCAAUUAGUGAGUAAAAUGGAAGUUUGUGUUUUUCAACAUUCAUAGAAUAGUGGUAAAUUUGAUCUUAUUUUACUAAAUUUGCAAUUUAGUUGCUGGGACAGCUGGCAUGUUUCCGGAAGCUUUCUUUACAACGUUGCCUUUGUGUUAGUAGUUAUAUAUUAUCUGUCAGUGUCAUUUAUAAUGAACUCAUUAACUGGUGUGUGGCUGUGAAUGCUGCUGUACUUUCAGCGUAUCUAGCACCAGGACUUCAACUCAGUUGGAAUCAAAAAGUGCCUAAUAGAUCAUUGAAGUUUGUGGUACUCAGCCCUUUUUGGUGACAAAUGGUUACUGCUUCUUUAAAAUAAUCAUCUGUUCUGUCAAAAGCAGGAAAAUAUGUGAAUUGGCAUCAUAGUUUAGCACAACAGAGAUGAUUUCACUGAUAAUUGCUCUUGGUGUAUACCCAAUUGUUACUUUCUUGAUGUUAUUUGAUGCAUGGCUGUGGACUAAGGCUUUGGGGUAAAAGAUAAUGCGGGUAGUAGCCAUUAUUAUAGAGUAAGAGCUUUAGUUUUUUAAUAAGAAAAGGUGGUACUGUAAUUUAAAGUGUGGUCAGUUUUGGUUUCAAAGAAUUGAGUGAAGGUGCUUGUCUCCAUUGCCAUGUGUGAUUUACCAAAAAUGUUGGUUUUUGUUUGUACUUAAAAAGCUCCCAUUUUAAUGGCCAGUUUUAAUUAAUAGUACUCCAGUAUUAAGUUAAUAAGGUGUUCCUCCUUCCAGUUUACAUAAUUGUUACACUAUACCACUCCAUAACAAAAAGUUCUUGUUCAGCCCAAUAAAAUCUACUUGUUUACCCAUUUCUGCACAAUUUUUUGUCUCUUUCUUUCAAUUAUUGAAUGAAAAUUGAUGUGUGAAAUUGUUUGUGCAUAACUCAUUGUUGAUUUGUACUCAUCUCCGUAUCAGUAUCACUUCAAUCUAGUGUACUUGAGUGCUUCACAGUACCAUUUUUGGCUCAAUUAAAAUUGUUUGUCAAGAAAUCUUUUAUUGCUGCCUAAGGCUACAUUUGUAGUACACACCUGUGCCGAAACAAUUUUGUUGGCCACCAGUUGAUAUUUUGUGAUUAUUGAUUUUGAAUAGUAACAGAUCAUCUCAAUGGAAUACCUAUGUCUCCUUUGUAUGAUUUUGUUAAUUAACUUGCCCUCUCAGAAAGGAUAGAGUACAUAGCUGCAUAUUUUUUCCUGUUGACUGAGAGUGCUUCCUUAUUGACUUUGACUUGUUUAAUUACUUUUUUCACAAAGUUGUCCAUGGUUUACGUUUAGUGGCAGCCAUAAGUUUGUACUUGUAGAGUUAGAAUGAGAGUUCAUUCCCUAUGUGUUGUUUUAAUGUAUAUCUAUGGGAAAAAAUCUAUUUAUUUUGACAUGAGUUACAGAAAUAAAAGUAUUUAUCAUUAUCA